AUGAAGAAAUUUAGUGAUCGAUUCACUAGUGUGGUAAAUGAGCUAUAUACAAUUGGAAAAAUAUACGAUAAUCGGGAAAUAAUUGUUAGGGCAUUGAGAUUUUUGCCAAGUGCAUGGGAUAUAAAGAUCAUGGUAAUGCGAGAGUCAAGUAAUCUCGGGCAGAUGAAACUGCAUGAUGUAUUAGAGGAUUUGAAAGCGUACGAGUUUGAGAUGAAGUCUCGAAUCGAAGAUGAAGCUUCAACCUCAACCGCAACUAAAGCUUUAGUGACAUUGGUGGAACUACCGGCUCAUGUAUCAGCCGAUCCGACACCAAUCAAGAACCCUAAAUCAGAUCUGUCGGAAUGCAGAAGAUCGAGACGAGACGACCGAAAACCGGCAAACAACUACCAGAGGGGCGAUAACCAACAAAACGGUGAAGGAAAAGAGACUCAAAAAGCACUAAUAGCUUCCGACGGUAGAAGUGAGUGGGCUUACUCCGACAGUGAUGAAGACGGAGUCACUUGCCUCAUGGCUAAGGAAGAAGAGAUACCCAACUUUCAAGAGGAAUUCGAUUUCUCAAGUGAAGAAUUCACUAAAGAGAAUCUGGUCAGGAGGAGCAAGCGGUUAGGAAAUUCAGAAUGGUAUCUGGAUAGCGGGUGUUCCAGACAUAUGACCGGAAACAAUGGACUACUAACCGACAUUGUAUAUGAAGUCGGUGCAAUGAUCACUUUCGGUGACAAUUCUAAAGGUAGAGCCGUGGGCAAGGAAGAAGCUGCUUUAAUGGACCUUUUGAGAUUUAUGUACAAUAUCACUUUGUCAACAAAUUCAAUACAUGGCUUGCUGGACUAA